AUGGUGCAGAUUAGCGAAGUCAAGGGCAACAAGCGGGACAACCGCACAGCAGCUCACACACACAUCAGGGGACUUGGGCUGAGGUCUGAUGGAUUCGCGGAGAAGAAUGCGGCCGGCUUCGUGGGCCAAGUUCCAGCCCGAGAGAUGGCCGGUAGAGGAGUCCUUCUCGCGGGAGGUCCUGGGACGGGAAAGACGGCGCUCGCGCUCGCGAUCAGCCAGGAGCUCGGAACCAAGAUCCCCUUCUGCCCCAUUGUCGGCAGCGAAAUCUACUCGACCGAGGUAAAGAAGACGGAGGUGCUGAUGGAGAACUUUCGGAGGGCAAUCGGCCUCAAGGUCAGGGAGACGAAGGAGGUCUACGAGGGCGAGGUCACGGAGCUUACGCCAGAGGAGGCCGAGAACCCGCUGGGCGGCUACGGCAAGACCAUUAGCACGCUUCUCAUCGGGCUCAAGAGCGCCAAGGGCCAGAAGAAGCUUCGCCUGGACCCCAGCAUCUACGAGGCCAUCCAGAAGGAGAGAGUCACCGUCGGCGACGUCAUCUACAUCGAGGCCAACACGGGCGCCUGCAAGCGGGUGGGCAGGUCGGACGCCUACGCGACCGAGUUUGACCUCGAGGCCGAGGAGUACGUGCCCAUCCCCAAAGGCGAGGUGCACAAGAAGAAGGAAAUCGUGCAGGACGUGACGCUACAUGACCUGGAUGUGGCCAACGCCAGACCACAAGGCGGUCAGGACAUCAUGAGCAUGAUGGGCCAGCUCAUGAAGCCCAAAAUGACGGAGAUUACGGAGAAACUGCGCGCCGAAAUCAACAAGGUCGUCUCCAAGUACAUUGACCAAGGCGUGGCUGAACUCGUCCCGGGAGUGCUGUUCAUUGAUGAAGCACACAUGCUCGACGUAGAAUGCUUCACUUACCUCAACCGGGCUUUGGAAUCGCCGAUUGCACCCAUUGUGGUGCUGGCGUCAAAUCGCGGAAUGUGCACAAUAAGAGGCACCGACGACAUUGUCGCCGCCCACGGCAUUCCAACAGACUUUCUCGCCCGGCUGCUCAUUAUCCCUACUGCCCCUUAUCAAGCCGACGAGAUCAAGCAGAUUGUGCGGAUACGAGCCUCCACCGAGGGCGUCGCUAUCACGGAUGCGGCUAUUGACAAGAUUUCGGAUCAUGGCGUGCGCAUCAGCCUCCGGUAUUGCUUGCAGCUACUGACCCCGGCAAGCAUUCUUGCAAAAGCCAACGGCCGUUCCCAGAUUGACGUCGAGGACGUUGGCGAGUGCGAGGACCUGUUCCUCGACGCUCGCCGAAGCGCUUCGCUAUUGAACAGCGAGGCCGGACGUGGAUACAUCUCGUAG